AUGUCAGCCAUGGCUUCGGAAACCGCCCUGCAGCAUACACCUAAGGCCAGUGCCGCUGCUCCUUUUCCCAGUGCAGUGGCAGCUGAUGCUGCAGCUCCGGAGCCCAUGCCCAUGAGCUCGUAUGUGCAGAGUUGCAUCGAUGCGAAUGCACAGUUGCACCGAGAGCUCAUGGAGAUGACUGCCAAGCCUUGGUUCUGGUACAGCGGAACCCUGGUGCUGGAUCUGGUGGAGUAUACAGAGUCCACUUGGACCGAUGCUGAGAUGCUCGGGCUUGGACUUGGGCCUUUGAUUUUCACCAGCCUUCGGGCUUUCAUUUAUAGGAACAGGUGCUUCGAAGCAGCCCGUGGCUUUUACCACCCAGGCGAUAUCCAUGCCAACGGCUGCAGAAUCUGGAAGAACUAUGACAAUGCGAAGAAUGCAUUCAUAUGGUACUCCAAGAGAUACAGCACCUUCUACUGCUCUGACAGAGUUGUGCUGGAUACAGUGCCACCUCAAUGGUGGGAGAAUGUGGAGGUGUUUUGCUCCUUCGGGGUGGCCGAGUUCAUUGGGCAGAUGGCACCGGAAAUGUCCGGCACCGUACACUGCCCUCCUGACGAUGAGCAGCCGAGUGUGAACUUGAAGCUCAGAACGGGCGACCAGUGGUAUUCGUGGAUGGGGGACCUGAAGAAGCGGAAGCUCGAGGACGAGAUUGUUAGUUUGCGGAAGCAGCAAAGAACACUCCCGCCUGGCCAAUGGCUCGGAGACUAUCCGCCGCCCCCGCCGCCGCCUCCACUUCCAGCCGCUGCACCAGCACCAAGUGCUUCAACAGCUGGCACACCAGCACAAAGUGCUUCUCCUGCAGGUGUCCCAGCAGAAGCAGCUCCACGAGCUUCCACCGAUGGCCCGCCGGCAGCAGAUCCAGGUGCUCCCACGGCAGCAGAUCCAAGUGCUCCCACCGAUGGCCCAGCAGCAGCAGACCCAGAUGCUUCUAUCCCAGCAGCCCCAGGCUCUUCUACCGAUGGUCCCGAAAAGGACAAGGACAACAGCUGGGAGGGCUAUGACGACAGGAGCUGGGAUAACUAUGUCUGGGACUACAAGACUAACAGCUGGAAGUGGCAGCCAACAGCUGUGCCUGAGAAGGGCUCGGGGUGGAUGAAUCGUGCGAUCGCUCUGGCCGGAGCCGUGGAAGCAAGGGACAAAGCGGAGCUGGAUCGGCUUGUGAGAGUGUUCCGUCGCAGCCCCACCUUCGACAAGCUCUUGCAACAGCACGUGGACAAUGUCAAGAAGUAUGGCUGGGACAAAAUGUCGAAAUGGACAUUGGCCAACGCCGUGCAGGAGGUGCAGGAUUGCGAGAGCCUGAUGCAAAACCGAGCUGCACCAAACCCGGACUUGAUGAAGAGGAUGGUGAACAGCAUCAGCUUCAAGAUCCGUGCCUUGCAGGAUGUGACUGCUGCCCAGUCUGUGGAGUUGCAGACUGCCCUGCAGGCUUGCAAGUCUUUGCCCGACACCAUGAAGGAGCAGAUUCAGAACGCCAUGGAUGGCAUGAUCGGUACUGCAGGCCAAGAAGAGUGCACUUCACAAGCGAACAAGCAGCAGAAAUUGCUUCACAUUUGCAACUUCCUGACAGCUUCUGAUUGGGAAUCCCUGCGAAGUGUCGAGUUGAGUGAGAUUGCAAAGCGACAGCUUGUGGUGCUCAGGUUGAAGAAGCUGGGUGUGAGAAACUUGGCCGAGAAGACUGUUCGAUCAGCUGUGGCAGCUUUGUGCUGCUGCUUGCCCGAGCAGCCCAACAAUGACGAGUUGUUCCAGAUGGUUGCAGACUUCAAGGUGAUGUUCCAUGCCACAGACACACCAGUGACCUGCAAGAACUUGCCCUUCGUGCAUGUCUAUCCAGAUCAACCUGCUCACUUGCCCCAAGGCAUCCUCGACAAGGCCUACACCCAGGAGGACCCACCUGUGGCCAUGCAGUUCGAGAAGUUCAAUCACCUUUGCUCCUGUAUCUCGUUGAGAGGAAACUCGAAGAAGUUAUCCCCCAACCAAUCACAAGCUUCCUCUAAGCAAGCUUCAGCUUCGUCUAAGCAAGCUUCAGCUUCGUCUGGGCAUGCUCCCUCGUCGUCGGCGCUAGUGCCGGCAUCGCCAAGUCAUCAGCACAUGCAGAUGCAGAUGCAGGACGGGAUGCAACCCAUGAUGGCUAUGAUGCAGAUGAUGCAGCCGAUGGUCAACAUGAUGAUGAACCAGUUCAACAAGGGCAUGUCAGGUGGGAGUCCGGGCUCUUGGGUGUCGACUGAGCAGGCUGCGGCUUUCAAGCCCAAGACCAAAGACAUCGACCUGCAGAUGCUCAACCCGCAGCCGGGCGGUGGCUCUGCUUCGACGAGUCCGAAUCCAACGACUCUGCCAGCUCUGCCUGAUGCUGCAAAUGCACUUGGAGGCCCAGAGCCAAGACAGCUUAUGUUCGAUUCUCCGUCUACUGCUGCAGAGUCGCCUCUGAAGGAGCAGACUGCAGCAACUGAGAAGCCUCCUGCAACAACCGAAAAGGUUAAGGAGGGCAUGGAGGAUCAGCUGUACAAGGCUUUGAAAGACAGGGCGGAGGAGAAGAAGAAGGAGAAGGACGCCAAGGUUGCCAAGAACCCCAAGGGUGAGAGCAGCAGCAGCAAAAAGCCAAAGGCUGAGAGCAAGAAGCCCAAGGCUGCUCAGAAGGCCGCUGCCAAGCCUGGUGCCAAGAAGAAUGCCUCGAAGAAGUUGCCCAAGUAUGAGCCGGCUUCCCCCACCGAGGCCCAGCUUGGUGCACGACGGGAGACAUACACAGACGGGCAUUAUCACAAAGCCAGAAAGCUUGCUGAGAAAAGCGGCUACGAAAGGGAAGCCGAACUCGAGUAUGGAAGAGCUGCUAGGGCUGCAGCUGCCGCCAAGUGGCAGAGGCAUGUAUAA